GGUCGCGCGAAACACUGUACAUCGGUAUUGCAAGGUCGCAGAACAGCCUCCCAAAUUUGCGGCUUGCGUGUUGGCGCCACUUCCUUCUUGCUGCUGAACAGCAUUCGCGCAUCCUCCGUAAGCAACAAUGAUCGGCGCACGGAGUUAAGUAACUGGUAACUCGGAACGUAGCCAAUGUUGGUGCCUAAAAAGCAGCAAGGUGUUUCGCAAUUUUGUUGAGGGAACAAUGACCGAUAAACCGUUGAAUAGGCUGAUUAUUUGUGUUGAUGGCGCAGAAUAUGACGAGAAUGGCAAGCUUUCGGGCCUGGGCAGUUCAAGCAAUGUGUUCAAAUUGAAAAGCAUAAUCGCAUCCGGUACACACCAAGGCACACUUAGGGGAGGCUUUAAUCAGAUCAUCCGUUACUACCAAGCUGUUGGUGACGGUCGCUUUGGCAAAUUCAAGACCCGAUCCGUUGGCUCUAUUGAUCAGCAGAUCAAGGAUAUCACCAGAGAUAUCUGUGAAAAGCUCGAGAGUCCUGAUGAUGAAAUAUUCUUCUACGGAUUUGGGCGCGGGGCAUACAUAGUGCGUGCCGUAGCUGCGCUGCUUCAUUUCAUGGGUGUUCCAAAGUCAAUGAGCACCUUUGCGACCGUUUACCAGUACGCGUUGGAUCUUGAGAACGCACAUUCACGCGAUGACAGUCUUAACGGCAAUCGGCUGCUCACCCAGAUACGUGAACUUUCUAACGCAGCACCGGUAAUACGUUUUGUGGGCUUGUUCGACACCGUUAGGCCUUCACUGGAAAAGCAUCAAUACGAUAUUUCUUUCGUAGGCUCGAUCCAGAAUAUCCGCCAUGCUCUAGCAUUUAACGAGACGGGGCUGGCUCCAGAGGUCCUAAGCCUGCCGUCCGCAGAAGCGAUGAAAGGCCGCUCGUUCGUACAAGCCUGGUUCAUGGGAUCACAUCGUGACAUGGGAGGCGGCGGAGAGCGCGAUGGCCUUUCACUAUACCCGUAUCAGUGGAUGAUAUUGGAAAGCAUAAAUUCGGGUCUCGUCAUCCAGCCGGACAGCAAAGACAGGGUCCUAGAGCUGGCUUUCCCUCAAUUUACAGGCAGUCUUCCCAACCUUGGAGGUGAGGAAAAGAUUGAGUGGCGGCUUCGGUAUGCAAACGGCCUCGAAACAACUUUGUUCGAUCUGCAAAGCUUGCACACGGACACCAAGUCGGACCCGUCGCACAGCGUUCGAUUGGCCCAGAACAGCAGGCUCUUCCAUUCGCAGCGGAAGAUCUGGAACAAUUCGACGAAGGAGCUGCAUGGAUGGACAACAGAUGGCGCUUGGGGGACAAUUAUUCACCCCUCGCUCUUUGUAAUUCUUGAUCGGAACCCAAAGAUGUACGAACAAGGUCUAUUCAAGCUUCGGAAGCUGGAGUUGGCAGACUUCCAAGAACGGUGCUUCGACGACGAGCGAAGGGUGCAGCCAUGGCUCGAAGGCCUCCAUCUUCAGGCCAGUGGUGUCAAGGCCUUCCGCAUUCUGGUUUGCGGCAAGACAGGAGUCGGCAAAUCAACUUUGAUAAACAAGGUAUUCGGCGUCGAGAUGACAGAGGAGUCGAACGAUUACUCGCAAGGUGUUCACGAUAUCGACAAGGCUUUCGAAAGUCCGAAUCACCCUGGUUUGUUGAUACAUGAUUCACGUGGUUGGCAGGCUGGUAGUGACCAUGAACUUGAUCUUAUCGCUAAAUUCUUACGGCACCGUGCAUUUCAAAAAGAUCCAGCGGAAUCGCUGCACGUCAUAUGGUUUUGCGUCGAUUCAGAUGUCUCGCGUAUCGAAGAGGCAGACAAAAGGACUUUCCAAACGAUUGCGCAAUUUUCUCAUCAUGUGCCUGUGUUCGUCGUAGGUACUAAAAAGGACAAGCUCGUUGCCUUUCGAAAAAUGCAGCUACUUGAAGAGUACAUGAAGGACACCAACGAUUUCAAAGAAGCCAGUAAGCGUGCCAAUCUGGAGGCGGACAAGUUGGCAGAAGAGCAAUUUGGGAAGCUUCGAGAUCAGUUCUCGCAGAUCGAGCAUUACAAAGCGGACGGGUACUGCUGCAUUUCCAAAGACGACGACGACGGUAUACGGGCGCUUCUUAACCAGACCUUAGAUCUGAUCACCGACGAACGCGUACGUUUAUUCUGCGUGGCAGCACAAGUCAUGGACGUGGAGCAAAAAAUUGAUAGCGCCAUCACAGAGUGUAUGCGCUUAGGCACCCACGCCAUUAGAACUGCUAUGGUCCCUCUUCCUUUUUCGGGAAUGAUAGGCACCCCAACGGUCUCGCGCAUCAUCUGUGAGCAUAUCCUCCAAUGCUUUGGCUUCCCCAAAGCCGCUCCUGAAGAAAUCGAGGACAUCAUGUCCAGGGUUGUGAUGGGAAAUCUGAAGAAUUUCAUGAAGGUGACGUUGUCGCAGUUCGGCGUUGUUUCACUCACGGCAGUCGGCACAGCGGUGCCCACGCUGGGUAUCGGUAUCGUCGUCGGGGCCAUUGGAUGCAUCUUAGCAUCACCGCCAACUGCUCGUAUGCUGUUCAAGUGCGCCUGCGACAUGAUUUUGAUCUUGGAGCGCUCCUUUCGAUACCAAGGCAAAUACGUGUCGAUCAAACAGAUUGAGGAUGCUGCCGUGUACUACACGACAGCCAAGACGAAGACAUUCUCGGGCAAGGAAGUGCUUCUCCAGCAGCACGUGCACGACGAGGUGGAUCGCCUCAUUCCGCUUAAGAAGGUCUCCGUCGGUUUUGGUUUCGGCAAGCUUCGAGGCGGACUGCAGGACAUUAUCUAUAUGAAUCGAUUUGACAAAAAGUCGGACGGACUACGCAGCCCGCGCUCAGCCGUUGAGAUGGAUGCGAGCGUAGUGCCGGAACUGGAUCCCAACACGACGGCGGCAGAGCUCGACGCUGGCGAGACGGUGACGGAGCUCUCUGGCGACAACGCUAUGUUACCAGCAGAACUCGACACGCCGUUGUCAGAAUUGAAGAUUUCGUCGUCGAGCGGAACCCAAUUCUCGAGGCCCACUCUGUCUGCGAGUGAUUCGAAGAGCAGCCUGGGUGGAAAGGACAAAGGGAGCCCUGCGUGGACAGCUGCAGAACUUGAAGACUCCUCGUCGGAGAACAAGCGGACAAGGAGCGACGGCGGCCUUUUCAAGCGGUCUCUGACAAAAUUCAGUUUAAAGAAGUCAAAGACGAAGUCGUGAUGUAGAAAUAGAAGGUUUCGACUGCUAGGAUACCCCCAAUUGAACGAGAUGGAAAGCCAUGGCUGUCGAAAGAACCAAAGGCCGUGAGCGACGAUGUCAGAGAAGGCCAGGUUCAAAGCGCGUGUGAACGAGCUGGCUCUGAUGUCGCAAUGCAGAACUGCACAUGCACGUGUUGUAUCUCUCUACUUGAGGCCUUGACCUUUGCCGUAGGCCUGGAUCGGCUGCUCAGUGUGCUAGGAGCUAAGCUCGCCAAGGCUGCAAGGCAGGCACACGAGAGCGGCGCCACGCAGUGUGGCUUGAGCACAACGGAAAGGCUUCCGCGGCGACGGAAAACGCCGAAGGGGCGC